AUGGCCGCCGACGAUCAAGUCGGUUCUCUAGAGGAGCAAGCGUUGAAGCGCAAGGAACGUCUUCGCGCGUUACGCGAGAAGAAAACAGGCGCCAACGACGCCGAAGAAGGCGAUAAAGCCAAGCAACCGGUGCCGGAAUCGCUGCCAAAGCCCGUAUUCAGAUCCUACAGACCCGAGGACGAAGCGCUCAAGGAGUCCGUGAUCCCGGACAUCUCUCCGGCUGCCAUCGAAGAAGAGAUCAAGGAGAAGAUCGCCGUCGGCGAUUCAGAAGACCUCGCCAAGGAGGUCGACCUAGCUUCGCUCGCGCCGAGGAAGCCCGACUGGGACUUGAAGCGCGACGUGUCCAAAAAGCUGGAGAAACUCGAGAGGCGCACCAAGAGGGCCAUUGCCGAGUUGAUCCGCGAGCGCCUCAGUUCGGGCGACAGCGGUGCCGACCUGGCCACGGCCGUGAACACGGCCAGCGGGCCGCAGAACAUCGAUUCCGACGAGGACUGA